GCCAUGGGAGUACCCGUCUUUAUGUUGGUCGUUUGUCUUCUCGGACAAGGUCACGUGAUCUGGAAGACCUAUUUAGUAGAUAUGGAAGGUUUCUGGACUUUUUCCUAACCUGGAGGUCUAUGGUGAGAGGUUGCCCAUGGUGGAAUUGGUGGAUAUUCUUGCCCAGUGUAUAGGGGGACCAUGGCGAUUCUUUCUAUAAUGUUAUUGCGUGUUUUUAUGGAAAUGGCAACAAUCUCAAAGUGGUGUUUAGUUCAUCUGUGAGGGGCGAAGUAUCAACCCUUCGGUACUUAUGUCAUGAUGGCCUUAUUGUUUCUGGAACCCGUUUACGCAGAGUACGCGAUGUGGACAUGAAGCACGACUUUGCCUUUGUUGAAUUCAGUGAUCCGCGAGAUGCCGAUGAUGCAAGGUAUAGCUUGAAUGGUCGGGAUUUCGAUGGAAGUCGUAUAAUAGUAGAAUUUGCUAAGGGGGGUCCACGCGGUCCUGGUGGGUCUCGUGAGUAUCUUGGCAGAGGUCCUCCACCUGGAUCAGGUCGCUGCUUUAACUGUGGAAUUGAUGGCCAUUGGGCUCGAGAUUGCAAAGCUGGUGAUUGGAAGAACAAGUGUUACCGCUGUGGGGAACGGGGCCAUAUAGAAAGAAAUUGUCAGAAUAGUCCGAAGAAGCUAAAGCGUGGACGUAGUUAUUCUCGGUCUCCAUCUCCUCGUCGUGGUCGGAGCCGGAGCCGAAGCAGAAGUCGUAGUUACAGCAGGAGCCGCAGUUACAGUCAACCCAGAUCAUCUCCUAAGAGGGAGCGAAGUGCUGAGCGUCUGGAGAGAAGAUCUAGGAGCCCUCAUGACAGCAGGAGCCCUAAGCGGCGCAAGGCAUCACCACCACCAUCAAAGGGAAGGAAACGCAGUCCAACACCUGAUGAGAGGAGCCCAAAAGAGAGAAGCCCCUCCCCAAGGGAUCGUAAGCAGACCACCAAUGGUUCAGACUACAGUGACAGCCCCAGGGUGAAGAGCAGAAGCCCUGCACUUGACGCUGAAAGAGACAGCCCAAGAGAUAGGAAUUACAGGAGGAGCCCUGAUGAAGAAAAUGGCCACAGCCGCAGCCCUAGUCCCAUUCCUAGGGACGAUGCAAGUCCUGUUGAUGAUGAUGAGUAACGAGUAAUCAGGGUUCAUCAAUAGAGUAGAUCAGGCCCAAAAGCCAGUUUGUGGAACUUUCUCUAUUUUAUGGUUGGAUUGCAUUUUCAAGUAGCUGUAAACAUUGGUAGUGAGAUUUGAUUUCCUAAAUGUUUUUUUCUUUAAGCGAACAGCUCUUUGGAACAAUUUGUCAUCUGGAUCUGGUUUAUGCGAGAACAGGUACUUGGAUUCUGGACCUGGUUUUUAAGUGGAACAACCAUGGACAAUUUGUGGUAUUCGCGUA